AUGGUGGAUGAUGAAACUCAUCGUCUGCAAAGUAUCCCUAGGAAACUCCGAUGGGUAACGCGAUCUCGUGCCCUUGCUUCUCCUCAAACCGCAAUCAGUGUGGCAGUGCACGAGGAAACCUCACUUUCCCCACUGCCCGGAUGGGCUCUUCCCGGCAUCCUGCUCGACCUUCUCGCGAGCUGUGGCGUCAAUCAGACGGAUGCCAUCUUUUCGGAGGUGCUGGGGAAAACGAGCGCAGAGCUGGAAUCUUUUGGCAGCGAACUCGCGACCGGUUCACACAGGGAUCAUAUACCAGCGGCGCUCCACAGAGCAACACAGUCUCUCCUUGCUUCCCGCAGGCAGCGCACGUCCACCACCUGGGCUGAUUCUCUCUACUAUGAAACAGUGCUUGAGGUGUUCAGGAGAUACUUGGAAAAUUUCUACGCAUCUGAUAUUACGGCUGGUGCAGAUGCGUGGACAAGCAGUCACCACCGGGGUCAGCAGCCGGACUAUGCAAGCCUUGGAAGUCGAAAGGAACCAACGCUAGUCAAUGCUUACAGUGAGCAGGAAACCUCAGGAACCCGGGAACCGUCUGCUGUCCAGGGCGAUGCUGUGCCCAUGGAUCAGCGUCCCUCCAUCCAGGAAACUCCUAUCAGGUCAACUGAGUCAGCAGGUCACCUAGGGCAAUCCACGGCAUCCGUAAGAGAAAAUAACGAAACUCAAGGGAACAGUACACGCCUUGCCCACCCCGUCGCUACGAGUAAACUGACUAGUUCUCGUUCAAAUUCAAAUGAACAGAGAACGGAACACGAGACAGCGUACAGCCGUGAUGCGUGCCCAGACGGAUUGUGCAGGGACAGAUCAGAGCACCACCCACAUCUGCCUCCUCCCGCCGCUGAUGCUGCAACUGCGGAUAGCUCAGUUAAUCAAAAGCAAAUCUUGCAACCGGAUCUGACUGGGAACUCAGCGUCGCCGGAUGGGCCUUCCCCUCAAGGGGAACCGACGCUGGCGGUGACGCGACAUGAAAGACGCGAGAAUGGGCCGGCACCCGAAGAUGGGCUGGUUUUGUUUCACAGAGACGUCGACAUCGUGACGGCCUCCCCAGCGAUUGGCGGGCCGCCGCCUCUGCUAGUUACCGACAGCAGAGGCACCGACGGCCCAAGUGUCCCGUCACCUUCCCCAAGCUCGGUACCUUUAUCCGAGCCCUCCACCGCUUCGUCCCAAACUGUGCAGCGUACUUGCUCGGGCGCAACGACCGCGGCCUCGGCGCCCGCUUUUGAUUCCCCGCCUCCAUCUCCACCAUCUCCGGCCUUCCCACUGAUCCACAUGAAAGGACAGUCAGUGUCAACGGUAUCGUAUAACAUUCCUGCCCUCCGCGUGCUGCAAAUCAUCUGCAAGAACAACGUUGUCAACUGCAAGCGUGACUUUGCCCAGGGGGUUGCCGAGCUCCUCCAAUAUGGAAAAAGACGCUUGCACAGACGGGAUGUUGCUGUCGACAGUGUGAGCGACGCUCGUGACAAGCCCGUCCAGGCCUUUGAAGGGAGCGAGCAGGACCCAGCUCGCAUUUCAGUAGUCUCCGCCUCCCCCAGCGGAUGA